AUGUACUUAGCUAGGAAUUUUCGUAUAAUAAAAGCUCCACUGACUAGAUUCAUUCACGUCACACAUUCUUUAUAUGCGGGCCAUAGUAAGUGGGCCAACAUAAAACAUAAAAAGGCAGCAAAUGAUGCUGCCAAGGCAGCGAUCUCCUUCAAGAUGUCGUCUAAAAUCACAAUGUUGGCAAAGAUAGGAGGUUCUGAUUUAUCACAAAAUGUUCAGCUAAGUAAUGCUUUAGAUCAGGCGAAGUCUUUGAAUAUUCCUAAAAAGGUGUUGGAAAACGCGGUGAAGAGGGGCACUGGUGAACUCAAGACAUCUGAGAAAAUGGAGACCGUCGUUUACGAGGGAAUUGCUCCGGGAGGAGUAGCUGUGAUGAUUGAGGCCAUCACGGAUAACAAGAAUCGAACACUUGGAUAUCUGCGACCAUGCUUCAACAAAUUCAACACCAGCAUGACACCCACAGGAUACAUGUUUGAAAAAAAAGGAAUGCUUUUGAUAGAUAUUGGAGAUACUGAUUUUGACACCGUCUUCGAAACACUUGUUGAACUGGGAUGUGAAGAUGUUUCCGAAGUCGAGGACGAUGAGACAAACCUUGUCGAGGUGAUUACUGAUCCGGCGGACAUUGGAAGAGUUGGAAAUCACCUGAAGCAAUUGUACAAAAUAAAGGAAAUGCAAAUUGGUUAUAUCCCAAUUCCUGAUAUGGCAACAAAGAUUACAGACAGCGAUACCAGGGCAAAUUACGAAAAGUUUUUGAGAAGCGUUGACGAUAUAGACGAUGUUUCUCAAAUCUACACAAAUUUGAUUGAGUGA